CCUAGGUCUGUACCAAUGGGGAACGUCACCCUGGAGCGGAAUUCUCCCAGUCCAUUGUCUGUGGAAUUCAUGAGUUGCUGUCCGCUUCAAUGGUGCUGAAUCUCGAAUCCGCUUUAGCACCAUUGAACAUUUUACUCUUUUUACAAAGUCCAAAUUUGAGUCAUAAGGAAACAUAUUUUCCUGCAUCACAAUUCAUAUUACAGGCCUACGGCAUAGGGACUCAGUUGGCCAAUAAGAAAGCAAUAAGGGUGAUAUGUUUUGGCACAAUCAUACAUUACACAAUAACUUAUCCAUCCCAGGGUUGCAGACAUCCUGCAGGGAGGAAGAAGGGGAAUGCCUUGUAUCUUCCUCCCACCCUGUCCCUGAAGCCGCGCCCGUAUUAAGUGAAGAGAGGCUCGAAGGUUGCAAUGCAUGUUCCCAGAUAGGGAAACUCCUCCUUUCCUUCCUCACACACCUGAGAGAGAGUACCAGGGUCCUCGCAGCACACCACAGCCUAUCUCUUGCAUGCAAAGUAACGCCCAGUAGCAGUUUGGCAAGAAGCCAGUUACUUUGGGAACCAAAUCUAGGGCGGGGAGCGCGCACGGCGCGUGUGACGGGCGGCUGACGUUUCCAACUGUCCUCUCCCGCAACGGAAGAUGCACACUGUGGAUGUUUGUAUAAGCGCUGGAGACGGCCGUUUUCUGCAUUUUAUUAACGACGGCCACGCAUCGUCAGUUGCCUUGCAUCCCCACGGAACAUCAUGCGAGUAGGAGCGACGCACCCAAUGCCAUGCUGAGCAACUCCUCGACUUUUCUGCUGGCUCUGACCACCGUAGCCGGACUACUCCAGCGGUGCCACGGCUGGAGCGACGAGGACCUCCUGUUACCACCCAUCAACUCCACCAACAGAUUCUUGGCCAACUUGGAGGUGGACGUGCACUACUCGAAGAGAUCCGUGGAGGAGAGCGAAGCCUCCUCGUCAGACACUUCGUUACAGCCGUUGCCACAUUGCAACGUCAGCGUGCAGAGACUUUUCCCCACCUCGCUGGUGGCUCGUUGGGACAGCAACUUCGGUUUCCAGUGCGAUGUGUUUAUAUAUACCGCCAAUAACAAUGGAAGGGCCUUUUUCUCUGCUGCUAUCAACAGAGCCAUCUCACCUGUUCUCAUCGAACACCUCGGAGUCACCGGCGGCCAGCAGGAGUUUAGACUGUGUGUUGGAUGUGGCAUGUCACGAUACCGGCGAUUCGGCAAGUCAAAGGCUCAGCAGACGGGGGAUCCCAUCAAUUUCUGCUGUGUUGACUUCAGCCUUGACGAACUAAAUGGGGACAAAAGUUGGAGAUUGAACCGUAAACCCAUCGAGUCAACUCUUGUGGCUUGUUUCAUGACUCUAGUGAUAAUAGUGUGGAGUGUUGCUGCCCUCAUAUGGCCGGUGCCUAUUAUUGCAGGAUUUCUGCCCAACGGAAUGGAACAGAGACGGCCGAGAUAAAGAAUGAUCCAAUUCUGGAGAUAAGCCCCCAAGCCAAUAGGCUAAAAAUACUGUAGAAUACAUAUUUCAACUUUUUGUUCCCACAUUCUACCCGUAUAAAAGAAUGUCCGUUUCCAAUUUUACCGUUUAGAAUGAAAGAGUAUUUUUGGUUUUGGUCCUAUUGAUAGGCCUUCACUAUAAGAAGACCAAUAGUUUUAAAGAUAGGUUGUGGUAUUGUAAAUCUAGCCUCUGUAUUACAUUGUCUAUAUAAUAGGUGCAUAUGUAGAGUGUGUUAACAUAUCACUGUAAACAGUGUUCGUAUGGUUUUAAAUCUUUGUAGGAUUAUUGCCUAUGGCCCUGGCAGUGGUGUAGUGGUGCCUGAAGAAGUGGGUAUACUCUAAUUUUGCCAAAAAUGUCCCUAACGGUCCGCCCAGCAAAGGAAAGGUGCCCUGUGUGAAAAAUUCUAUGCGAAACAGUGACAUACAUUCUGUAUUACCUAAAAUGAUAUAUUCCAUAUUGGUCUUUCACAGUCAGACCAACCCAAGCUGUACUGUGCAAGUAGGCUAAUUGUAGACAUACUAUUGAAACAGAUAAAUUAGGCUGUCAACUGAGUCAGAAAUUCAAAGGUUUCAGAUCUAUUUAUUUAUAUUCAGAUUUUCACUCUCAAAGUCACACUUUGUUUUAUAGAAAAACAACUAAAUUGGAUGUUCUAUGUCCAUAACAAUGCUUUCAAAGUCCAUAACAAUGUCCAUAACAAGACCACAUCAGCAGACCACUUUUGAGCUCUGGGAAAUAUCUAAGAUAAAAUAUUUUUGUGGUAGUUGCCCUUUAAUAAUUCCAGUGUGAUGGCACCUAGCACUGUUGUUUGUUAGUGGUGUUUCUGUAGCACGUGAGAUAGAAUUUGCAAAACAAAUGGCCACUGGAUUAAUGCAAAUAAUCAGAAUCAGAAUAAUAAUAAUCAUUCUGCCAUGUGGGCAUAGGCUACUUUGUAGCUAGUUAACAUUUCCCAGUUUUUGGGAAAGCCUUUCCAUCUACCAGAAGAUGGCUCAUUGUUGGCAUCACUAUAUUUUUACUUAAUUGUUUGAAACCUAAAUGUUUUACUCCGUAUUAUGAGGCAUGCCUUAGCAUUUCUUCAAUGGAGCCUAUAGCCAAAAUCCCACCAUGGAAAGGUGGAGGCAAUUAUUUGACUUAGUCACAUGCAUUAUCCUGUUCUUUCAACUUUAUUUCAUUGUCUAGCAGCCAAAUGCAUUAUCCUAUUCAUAUUAGCAACUGAUGAAGGUUGUAUCUUUAGAUCUCCCAUAGUAUCUACAUUUCUUAUGGAUAUUUCAAUCUCCAUCCAUUGAAACCUCUCACAUGUGCGGUGCACAUUUUAGAAUGGUAUUUUCCUGCUAAUUUCAUUUUGGAACAUUCCCGUGUAGGCCUACCGCCAUGUGCCCGUUGCAGCAUCUAAAAUGUGAAGAAAUAAUAGUUUAUCAACAUUUAAUUUAAGCAUGAAGAAAUACACGCAAUGCCCACUGAAAACCUGAGCAUACCCUCCGCUACACACACCACUGAAGCCUGCUAUUUGUUGUGUUUAUGUAGAGAGAAAUUAUAGUUUUCUCAUGAACUUGAAUGAAAAAGUGUCCUGUAAUACGUGGUGGGUAGAUCUUGUCAAGAACAAAUGCAUAAAUGUCAUAGGCCUACCUGAAUUUAUUUUGGAUGUUGUAUCAAAUAUUUUGACGUAUAGGCAACCCCUCUCUGAUAUUGUUUAAUAUUAUUUAUAAUGUUAGAUUUAUCUAUAUAACACAAAUAAAUCUAAGCUGAUAACAUAUUUGUAUGAGAUAACACGAGUGAAUAAAUAAAUAAAAUGUAUUUGUUUUACAUAAUA